ACUUCGGAACGAUCUGUUGUUUAUUUCCGUUCCAGGGCGGAAGUACCUUCAGGUAGUUUCUGGAGGUGACCGAACGGGAGUAUAACUGUAUAAAUAUAUAUAUAUAUAUCCAACAGGGUAACCGCUGACUCCUGCGUUAUUAGUUCUGGUGUUCUGCACUGCCAAGACACUAAAACAUGGGGGCUCACCUUUCGAGACGGUAUAUCACCGAAAGGGAUACCGAGCCAGACCCAGCGAAGAAAUACGACUUCGAUCCCCUUUAUGGCUUUCCCGAAAGAAAGGAACGAGAGAUGGUAGCGACCCAGGAACAAAUGAACUUGGCCCGUCUACCGUUGGAGCAGAGGGACUACUGUGCUCACUAUCUCCUCAAAGUCAUGAAGUGCAAGAGGGAUAACUGGCCCAACCUGCUCGCUUGCAGCCACGAAAAACAUGACUGGGACUACUGCCAGCACGAGGACUAUGUCAUGCGUAUGAAGGAGUACGAGAGAGAGCGGAGACUCCAGCUGAGGAAGAAGAGGAUCGAGGGCCAAGCUGAGGCUGCGUGAUUAGAAUCACAACUUACCCUUGAUUUUCUGUGUAUAUACCUGCUUCUGACCACAAUAAACAGCCAUAUUUGAGCUGAACCAA